UCGAAUCGGCGGUGAUCCAUCAUCCCACCAGGGGGGUUCGCAAUGACCGAACGUAAGUCCCGGCGUACGCUAGAAGGCUAGCCUAAGUGUCGCUGUGCUAACGCGCCCUUGUUUGCUACGAUGUAUCGUACAGAGACGACCCUGGUGACGGUGGACGAAGACAGCCGGCGGGCGAAGCGGCAGGAACGCGGCCAGCUACAGAAAACACUGCAGGAGAGCCUGGCGCAGGCCACGGCAACGGUCCCGACGAAGGAGAGCCUGCAGCAGCUGGCGGAGCUGCUGGCCGAUCCGCGCUGGUACCGGCUCGAGCAGCUGGUCGAGGAGAUGAAGUACUGGGACGCGGCGACCACGAUACCGGAGCCAAGAUCGUUCCUCUACUACGCUCGCCAGCAGUGCGAGCUCCACCGACUGCUCACCGCCACGGCCGCCAACCACGCGUACCUGCGUCUCAUCAUCGAGCGGUUCGGGAGCGACAACGAACGUAUCGCGCCGGACCUGAACGGGCCCCUGCACUACGCGGUGGAUCAGAAGGACGAGGCGAUGGUCGAGUGGUUGCUGGAGCCUGACCGCACCACCGACGUGAACCUGCGGAACAACGCCAAAAAGAGUGCGAUCACGAUCCUGUGCGAAGAGUACGACCGGUGCAUGCGCAAGCCGCCGGCCGCCGGAGCAGGCGACGCCGCCACCGACGGCUCAACGCUGCCCCGCAUCCGGGCGCUGAUCGAGCGGUUGCUGGAGGCCGGGGCCAGCUUCAACGUGUGCAGCCUGCAGCUGAAGCUGCCGUUCGAGCUGCUGCUAAAGCACUGCCCGGCGGACGAGGCGACGCGCGCCCUCGUUGACCGAUGUGUCCGGCUGCACAAGCCGGGAGCGAUUGCGAUCUGCCAGAGCAACGAGGCGAACGUGCGGGUAGUCGGUUUCUACAACAACGACCCGAACGUGCGCAUGUCGGAGGAGCUGCUGGAGAUCUACCUGCGGUACAACGACGAGCUGCAGUUUGUGAAGCACAUGGCGGACUUUCCCGUGAGCGACGCGAACGCCAAGAAGGUCAUCGCGCUGCUGCUGCACACCGCCAUCGAGCAGGGGCUAAGCGAAUGCGUGCGGCGGAUCGUGGCCGUCGGCGGGCAGGCGAUGUUUCGCGUCGUGCACCGGUCGCGCGGGGUCCGGGGGCAACCGCAGAAAUCGUCCGAACUGGUGCACCGCGUCGAGCUGAAGGGCCUACUGAAGAAGGCCUGCCUGGCGGGGGACGUGGCAGUCGUGCAGCUGCUCCUGUCCCGGAUGACCGACCUGCUCGUGCUGAACGACGACCCGGUGCUGGCGCUGACACUGACCAAGGCGUACGACACGAAGCGGCGCCCGGAGGAGCGCCACGCACUGCUGGCCUGUGCCGAGUUCCUGACCACCCAGCACACCAUCUACAUCUCGAAGGCGGACAACUCCGGCAACACGCCGCUGCACCUGGCGCUGAAGUACGGCUUCAUGGAUGUGGCGGCCAUGCUGCUCGAUCAGCGGUACGCCUUCAUCGGGGUGUGCAACCGCGACAAUCUGACGCCGCUCGACUACGGGAGCUACGGGUUCUGGAAGGCGUACUUCGACCGGUGCAUCAAGGUGGACGUCGAGCGCUCGACGCAGGACCGGAACGUGUUGCGCUUCAACCUGAACUGCCUCGAGCAGCCGUUACCCGCCAAGGGCAGUGCCGGUGCCGGUGGCGCGCCGGCGCCACUUUUGGGGCGACCGCCCAGGAGUGAAUGGAAGCUGGUCCAGCAGGCGUCGGCAGACGCCGCGGGGCAGCGCAACCCCCAGAAGUGCUGCCAGACCGUCACCGAGAUGAUGGCGGUGCGGAAGAUCGCCCAGUCGAAGGAGCUGAAACGGUUGCUCAUCCAUCCGGUCAUCUACACGUUCAUCAUGGUGAAGUGGAUGCGGCUGAGCCACUGGACCUACCUCAACCUGGUGCUAACCACGGCAACGGUGCUUCUGUUCGGGGCCUACUCGCUGACCGCGUGCUCGGCCGCCGGCCCCAGCCUGGCGCUGCAGGUACUGGCCGCCCUCGGCACCGUGUUCAUGGGCGGGCGCGAGGUCCUGCAGCUGCUGUUCCUGCGCCAGUCGUACGCGUCGCUCGAACAGAUCCUCGACAUCGUGACGGUCGGCGGUAUGUGCGCGGUGCUGUGGCGGGGCUGCAGCGGACUGCUGGCGUCGUUCGUGAUGAUCAGCUUCGCGAUGCAGCUCACCUUCCUGCUCGGCUCGCUGCCCUUCAACAGUCUGUCCACCAUCAUGUACAUGUUCAAGACGGUGUCACAGAACUUCCUGAAGAGCUUCCUGCUGUUCGUGCCGCUGAUCGGGGCGUUCGUGUUUGCGUUCCACCUCACGUACAACGAGCCGGCCGACGACGCAGGCCCGGCCGCCGCCGCCACCGACGGCAACGGUUCCACCGAGGACAGCUUCAACAACUUUCGCACGUUCUGGAACGCGACGAUCAAGACGCUGGUGAUGACGACCGGCGAGUUCGAGGCGGCCUCCAUCGACUUCAGCGGCGGCCGGUUCUGUCUGUUCAUCGUGUUCCUGUUCUUCGCCCCGAUCGUGAUUCUCAACCUGAUCAACGGUCUCGCGGUCAGCGAUAUCGCGGCGAUCCGCGAGGAGUCGGAGCUGAUCAGCAUCAGCAAGAAGGUGAUGCUGCUCGAGCGCUACGAGCGCGGCGUCGCCAGCGUCCAGCCGGUCUGGCUGCGGUCCCUCUUUCCCGAGCCGUUUUUCCAGCGGCAUACCUGCUGGAUCCACGUCCGGACGAAGGAGUCGCGCAAGGUCGUUGUCCACCGACUGCAGGCUCCGGCGCAAGCGCGAGGAACAGGGCCGGUCCCAUCAGCACCCGCUGAUUCGAGUCGGCCCAAAAAGACGAAACCCGUCCCGCUGUCGCUGUCCGCGUUCUCCUUUCUGUGCCCUGACGGGACCGACUACUACGUCAACUUGGGGCUGUUCCGAUUCACCACCUUCAUGAACCUGGACCGGGCCAUUCUGAACGAGGCGCUGGCCGUCAUCGAGAAACAACACCCGGUCUCGGGGGGCGCCAUGCGGAUCGAUAUGAAGCCGCUGGCGUUCCACGAGUCCGGCGGAUUAGAGAGCGCUAGCUCGCUACUUACCACCGCGGCCACCACCAGGCCGCAGGACACCGCGCAAGGGGUGGCGGCCCUCCAGAGCGAGAUCCAGGAACUGCGGGCCACCGUACGCCAGGUGCUGGAUGCUCUGGCACGUCGUGAACCCCCCGCCAAGCGAUCGCAGACCCUGUCCGGUACACACCAGCAGACGAAGGCGGGCCGGAAGCAGAAGGCGGCGAAGAAGCGCCAGCUUCGACAGGAACUGAGCGACGGAGCCGGCGAUUAGCGCACGAAGGGAGCAGCAGAAGGUGUGUGGCGGGAGUGGAUAGGCGAGCUACUCUCGCUCAACCUGUUAACCGCCGCCGUGUCGGCCAGCGUGACGAUCGCUGCCCCGGUUGCUGCCUGUAAACCACACAAACCGGACGGGAGAGUCCCCUUGGCUGCUCGGUUUU